AGCUGUUGCGCCAUAUCGGAGCAUUCGGGCUGCAGAGUCAGCACGCAAAACUCGCAGGAAUAUUCCGGAUUGUGUGUAUAUAAGUGUAUUUGGUGUGUGUUUGGUGUGUGUGUGUGUGUGUGUGUUAUGGUGCAAUGUAGGCCUGCAGCUUUUUCCCCCCACUGGAGGGCGCUAAACCGAUCAAUGUCAUUGCCGUGAAUCCCGUGGAAGAAGUUGUCUUUCAGAUUUUAAAGAUGUGACUCCACUGCACGAUUUCAGCCUUCAAGGUGCGAACCUUCUCUCCUUGCACUUUUUCCUCGACUUAACCUAAAAGAAAAUAUACGACGGUUGGAGCAGCGGGCUGGACCGGGCUGGGAGGAGCCUGCAGCCCGCCUGCUGUUUUAAUUGGCUGCGGGGCUGCACGGAGAAGCGUGAGUAUCGGUUAAUUAUUCCGCAAUGUUUUGCACAAGAAAUGUCGGCCAGAAAGGGCGAUCUUCAGCCGUCGUCCGAUUUUAGCACAGCCAUGACAUGCCCCAACAACCAGGCUGCGAAUUCGUUUUUUGUGGACUCCCUAAUAAACGUGAGGGGCGACGGGGGGGCUUACUACCACAGCAACGGGGUGUAUCUACCACCGGAAUACUCCUACGGACUCCCUGCCGGAUCGUCCUGUUUCCCGGGAAUCGGCAAGCGCACAGAGGGGACUUCUCAGAGUGGCAUGCCGCCUUCCGCGCCCUACGCUCCGGGGAUGGAGACCUGGCUGGAGGCGUCUCGGUCCUGCAGAGUGGAGCAGCCGAGCGGCCAACACAUGACCCAGCAGUGCUCCUUCUCCGCCGCCAUCAAAGAAGAGAACGCUUAUUGCCUUUACGAGGCGGAUAAAUGCCCCAAAGGAGCCACAGUGGAGGACAUCUCCUUCUCCGGUGUGUCUUGCCCAGUCACAGGCGGCGGCACCGUACCGGUUCCGGGCUACUUCCGCCUCUCCCAGACGUACACAUCCUCCAGGCUUUACCACCACGACAUCCAGCCGAGCGUGAACAGCUUCCCGCAGCAGAGACCACCUCGUGCGGAUACGCAGCCCUCUCUCACCGCUCCUGCACCUUCCAGCGUAGCGGAGCCGGGACUCCGGGAGAGCAGAAACGAAGCUCCCGCGUCUGAGCCCUGCAUCCCGGCCAGAGACGAGGACAGCCGGCUCUCAUCCGAAGGCUCCUCCUCAUCCUCUCCGGAGCUUGUGGAGGCAUGCCGUGUGGAGUCUGCGGAAAAGCCCAUAAAAGAAGACGUCAAAACUGAGAGUCCGGCUAACUGGUUGACUGCCAAAAGCGGCAGGAAGAAACGCUGCCCUUACACCAAGCACCAGACUCUGGAGCUGGAGAAGGAGUUCCUAUUCAACAUGUACUUGACAAGGGAGCGUCGCUUGGAGAUCAGCCGCAGUGUGCACCUCACCGACAGGCAAGUGAAAAUCUGGUUCCAGAACAGGAGGAUGAAACUGAAAAAAAUGAGCCGGGAAAACCGGAUCCGGGAGCUCUCCGGCAGCUACGGUUUCUCCUGAGACUUUUUUUGACCAAUUUCCAUCCCACGACUCGCCCUUAUACGGUACAAACUGUCACCACCAACAGGACCCUAUACUGCUAACUUAUUCUUAAAUGUUGAUUUAUUUUCAGCUUUUAUUCGUCGUGGAAAAUGUGUAUUUAUAAAGUGCAAUUUGUAGCCAUUUUGGUUGGAAAAUGUACACCAUGUGACUACACUUAUAGUGAAAACCGUUACUAUAUGUGCAUGCAUGUUACCCUGAGGUGUUACAUUUACAUUUACAUAGUCCCAGAUUUCAUGAAUAUUUGCACACUUUUGCUGGUCAA